AUGCUCAGUCUAUUCAAUUCCUCUUCAUUACCGACUGCAGAAAAGCCAAAGGACGAGGUCAAGCGCGCCCUUCCCGCAUCGUGGUACCACUCUGGCCCCCUAUAUGAUCUGGAGCGCCGCGCCAUCUUCUCUAAGAGAUGGCUCCUAGUCACUCAUAGUCUAAGAUUUGAUCAUUCCGGCGACUAUGUCUCCUUUCGCGAAGCCGGGUUCGACUUCUUCCUCGUAAAGGAUCGCGAGGUAGCGUUCCCUGUUGUGACCGAAGAGAGCGGCAGUGCAUCUAUUCUCUCGUGUAAAUACCAUGGCUGGUCCUACGGCUUCAAAGGGAACCUGGCAAAGGCACCCCAGUUUGCUUCUACUCCGGGAUUCGACAAGGCGCAGCACAGCCUCUUCCCAGUGCACGUUCAUGUGGAUGGUAUGGGAUUCGUCUGGGUAAAUAUGGACGCCAACGAGACGCCGGAAGUCGAGUGGAAGAGUGACUUUGAGGGUGUGGACACGCAAGACCGACUGAACAGUGUCGACCUCAAGCGUGAUUUUCAGUACGAUCAUCAAUGGCACAUGAUCGGCGAAUACAACUGGAAGACUUUGGCCGACAAUUACAACGAGUGCUAUCAUUGUCUCACGGGCCACCCAGCCGUAGCCAAUGUCAUCGACCUACAGAGCUACUACGUCGAUACGAAGAAAGGAUACAUACUGCACUACAACACAAGCAAAGACCCAGAAGAGGCUGAUAAUGCCGCCACUAGGCCCCACUUCUUCUUCAUGCAGCGCGCUGUCCCAAUAUCAGCGACACAGACCCGAAUGGAGUACGAGGUCUACCGGAAGAAGGGUGCCAGCGAUGAAGAUUUCAAGGCAAUCGAUGCGUACUUCAAGACGGUUAUGCAGGAGGACAAGGUUCUCUGCAAUGGUGCACAGCGAAACCUCAGCGGCGGUGUCUUCACGAAUGGGCAGCUGCAUCCUGAAAAGGAGAAGGGCCCCAUUUGGUUCCAAGACAAGGUGCGCGGCCUUCUCAUCAGCCACCGAGAGAAGGAGGAAAAAGAGAAUGGGGACUUAUGGAAGAGGAGCGAUUUUGCGCUGCGUUAG